GGCUCACCGGGUUUCUCGACUACGAUACAACAUUCGAAACGAACUACCUAUCCGUAUUCUUAACCUACCUUUAACCCUAUGUGAUGCCAUUUGAUAUCGCCGUAGUAACUAUCUCGCCAGUGCGCUUGCCUGCGUAUUGCGCUAGGCAAUUACUUCUAUCUUAUCCUAUUCGUAUACAUUCGUACAUCUAAUUAAUAAAUUGUCAUCUGGAUGACACCGAUUUCACAAUGACAAGGUCUGCCGCCUCGCCGAGGCAGUCGCAGCAGAGCCCUACCGCGCCUUCUUCCCAAUCAAUUCCUUUACAAGAUCUCGCGAGGCAACAGCAUCGAAAUAACGAUGCUCAAUCAUCCCAGUCGCAAGCUGGUGACCCGAGAGGCUCACCUGCGAAUAGCAAUCCCCUAGGGCUCUCUAUGUACUGGGAAGGUUAUCAACCUCAUAAUCACCACGAUGAGCCAGAAUUGAGUCCUUCUUCGCCUAUAGAUGCUGCCGCUUUGCAGUUUGCUCUUCCUCCGGGCAUUACUCCCCCACCCCCCGCGAUGCCUCGAGCCGCAUCCUCAUCAACGACUCCGAAUCCAUAUGCCGCCCCGGAGACGCCGUAUUACGACGAGACCGUUCAUGUUGAUUACUUCGAGUCGGAUAGCUCGCCGUUGACGUCUGCUGCGCAGCCUAUUUCCGGCGCCCUAGCCACCCCACAAGGCGAAUCACAACCGAGAGAUAGUUUUCAGACCGUGUCGGACUUGGAUAACUCUCGCCCGCGUGAACGAUCCGCGCAGAUGCUAGGAUUUGAUUUGGAAACCGGGAACGAUCUAGGCAAACAUCGAAGUUAUGGCAAUUCUCUUACGCCAAGCGAUAACCGGUCUUCGCGGAUUCCAGGAACAGCUGGUGAUGCUCUAUACAGAGCUGGGUCAAUUGUUAGGGCCAUGUCCCAGCGAGUCGUUAAUAUUAGUGGCGAAGGGGAAACGUUCGAACAACAGCAGCAGAGACGGCAGAGGUCAAGAUCGCCAAGUGCUGAUGGACGAAUGUCCGGUCGAGCAUCGCCAAGCCACGUUUCUGCUCAGUUCGGUAUUGACACAUCAUAUCCUUCUCAACUUUACAAUUCGCAAACCGAGAAAAAGGGUGAUACCGAGUGGAAUGUACCGGUAUCCCCCUUGUCUCCCCGACGGGGACCGAUGCCCAAUCCCUUGAAGGGCCGUUCGCUUGGUAUAUUCGGACCUAAUAAUAUUAUCAGGAGGAAAUUGUGCGAUGUGCUGGUCAAUCCAUAUAUGGAGCCGCUCCUGCUCUUGUUAAUUGUACUUCAAGCCAUUUUACUCGCCGUGGAGGCUGCGAAUAAUGUUUAUAUUCCUGGAAACGAGCGACCCGCCCUCUGGGAUCCGUCUUCGGGGAUAAAUUGGGCACUGCUCAUUCUUUUUAUAAUAUUUACGCUUGAGACUGGCGCCAGGAUUAUUGUAUCUGGCUUCAUACUAAAUGCUGCAGAAUAUAGCACCAUUGAUAGGAAGAAGGGGAUUCGAGCUGCAAUAUCUGAUCAAUAUAACGCCGUCUUCAGACCCCAGCGUCAAAAAUCGGUGAAAGCUUCGAAGGAGCAAGCCUACGGACCUUCCACCUUUGCCCGAUCCUUCACCAUGAUGCAUGGCAGCAUGCCGGAGACGAUCGAAGAGCAGCAAAGGAUGCAAUUAGCGCGGCGAGCCUUCUUGAGGCACGGGUUCAACAGACUAGAUUUCAUCGCAGUCGUAUCCUUCUGGAUCGCAUUUGUUCUGAGCAUAACUGGCAUUGAGAUGGAUAAGCAUCUGUUCAUCUUUCGAAUGCUUAGUUGUCUUCGAAUCGUGCGAUUACUUGCCCUUACGAAUGGAACAGCGAUCAUAUUGCGAAGUUUGAAGAAAGCGGCCCCGUUACUUGUACGGGUUUCCUUUCUUAUCGGGUUCUUCUGGCUCUUGUUUGCAAUCAUCGGCGUACAGAGUUUCAAAGCAAGUUUAAGCCGACAAUGUGUUUGGCUAGAUCCCACGCAGCCUACCAAUCUCUCUGCAGGGUAUACGAACGAUAUGGCCUUCUGUGGCGGUUAUCUUGACGAAAAUGGCACAGCGAGGCCCUGGCUUAAGAUGACGUUUCCCGACUCAGACACUCUGGUGGAUCUCUGGAGCCCGUCGACAAAACCGAAGGGCUACAUUUGUCCAAGAAAUUCUAUUUGCCUUGAACAAUCAAGCCCAUUCAACAAAACUGUUAAUUUCGACAAUAUCAUCAACUCGUUAGAGCUAGUCUUCGUCAUCAUGAGCGCUAACACAUGGUCCGAUCUCAUGUAUUACACCACCUAUUCGGAAUUUCUCCCGGCAGCUCUCUUCUUCGCCGCUGGUAUCAUGAUCAUGAUGUUGUGGUUGACAAAUUUGUUAAUCGCCGUUAUCACUUCCUCUUUCCAGGUCAUCCGGGAGGAAAGCAAGGCUAGCGCUUUCACGGCGGACGAGGACUAUCAAGUUCCCGGUGGACAAGACGAGCGACUACGGAGAAUCUCAACUCUCCAGAAAAUAUACGACAAAACCUGGGUUUUCUGGGUCCUACUAAUCGCAUACGAUCUUUUUGCUCAGGCUUGGCGAAGUGCGACGAUGACAGAUGUACGAGCAAGGUUCAUUACCGUUAAUAGUGUUGUAGUUACGAUACUACUAGACAUUGAGAUCGUCAUCCGAUUUACUGCCAGCUGGAGGUCCUUUCAUAAGAGUACCCGGAACUUAUUCGACCUUUUCCUAGCGGUAGCAAACACAGUGAUAAUUUUCCCGCCGAUUUUUAACAGCGGCCAGAUAUACGCAUGGUUAACGAUAUUCCAAAUUCUACGAUCGUAUCGUGUGGUCCUAGCCAUACCGAUCACGAGAAAGCUGAUCGUGUUAGUUCUCGGAAAUGCUACUGGUAUUGCAAACCUUAUCGUCUUUGUGUUCUUAAUCACGUUCAUCAUGGCUAUUUUUGCGGUCCAACUUUUCCGAGGGGAAAUCCCCUUGUACGAUGAUGGGGGUGAGCUUGUUAGGAUUUCAUUUUAUAACAUUUUCAACUCGUUUCUCGGCAUGUAUCAGAUUCUGUCGAGUGAGAAUUGGACGAGCAUACUCUAUGAUGUGACGUCGUAUACCACUAUUCGCCACACGUCCUGGUAUGGCGCGAUGUUCCUUAUCGGCUGGUUCAUCCUCGCGUUCUUCAUUCUUGUCAAUAUGUUCAUUGCUGUCAUCCAAGAAAACUUCGACGUAUCAGAAGAUGAGAAACGGUUAGAGCAAGUCAAGGCAUUCUUGCAACGCAAGGAGUUGGGUAGCAAUUCGAACACCAACAUCACUCUUUCAGACAUCUUCUCUUUUGGGAAGUCUAAAACGAGAGAUCCGCUGGACUACGGGCCGGCAACGAUGGAGAUGCUGUUGAAGGAUGCCGUUGUCCGAGAAUUUCUUGACGAUACGCUAGACCCCUUACAUCAAGAAUCUACCAAUAGCCCCUCGCCCCGAGAAGGAGCUGUCCGGCCUGGCUUUUGGUCGUCCGUGUGGACCAAAGUCAGGGCCUUGUUCACCAGCCGCGAUCCGAAUCCGUUCUACUCCAAUAUACGUUUCAAUGGCCCUAACGACGCUCUUGAUCCUCGACAAAUGGCUCGCCAGGCCGUGUCUGCUACUGCAGAACGUCGCAAAGCUCAACGGGAAUAUCUUGCCCGCCACCCCACAUAUAAUAACUCGCUUUUCAUCUUCACUCCUAGAAACCCCAUUCGACGUCUUUGCCAGCGGCUUGUCGGGCCGGGAAGAGGCAAUGAAAGGUUCGACGGCGUAGAACCAAAUAAGAUUGCUUGGUAUACCUUUACGGUAUUCAUCUAUGGGGCCAUCAUCGCCAUGGUAAUUCUAGCUUGUAUUACGACUCCGUUGUAUCAGAAGGAAUAUCUUGAAGAGCACCAAAACGAAAACCGAUUCAAGAGUUGGUUUGUCUGGGUUGACCUCGGCUUCGCAAUACUCUUUACGGUCGAGGCUGGUAUCAAGAUCAUUGCUGAUGGCUGGUUUUUUACACCUAAUGCCUAUUAUAGAAGUUCUUGGGGUAUUAUCGAUGGCGUAGUGCUCAUCACGCUGUGGAUCAAUGUCCUGACCCUUCUUGCCAGCGACGGGGCUGUCUCUAGAAUAAUUGGCGCAUUCAAAGCUCUGAGGGCUCUUCGUCUACUCAACAUCAGCAACAGUGCGAGAGACACUUUCCAUUCCCUAAUAAUAGUGGCCGGAUGGAAGAUCAUCAGUGCUGCGCUAGUCUCGUUGUCUCUGUUGAUUCCAUUUGCCAUAUAUGCAGUGACCUUGUUUUCAGGACAGCUUGUACAAUGCAACGACGAUAAUGUGAACUUUCUAAGCGACUGUUUCGGCGAAUUUAAUAGCACACCGUCUAACCCGGACUGGCUAUUACUAGCGCCUCGUGUCGCGGACAAUCAAUACUUCAAAUUCGAUGACUUCGCCUCCUCCCUCUUCAUCCUCUUUCAGAUCGUCUCGCAAGAAGGGUGGGUUGAUGUAUCAUUCGCCGUGCAAGCCAUUACCGGCCACGGGAAUCAACCCCAAGCCAUGGCGGCACAAGGCAAUGCUAUGUUCUUCGUAGUGUUCAACCUACUCGGCACAGUAUUCGUGUUGACUCUAUUCAUCUCUGUUUUCAUGCGAAAUUAUACCGAACAGACUGGUGUUGCUUUUUUGACGGCGGAGCAGAGAUCGUGGCUUGAAUUGCGCAAACUUCUACGGCAGAUUUCUCCGUCCAGAAGCUCUUACAACGACUCCAAGAACAAAUGGAAAAUAUGGUGCCAUAAGCGAGCAAUCGAAAAACGGGGCAAAUGGUACACAACGAUUACCGCCAUGCUCGUCUUACACCUAAUUUUAUUGAUGCUUGAGUAUUAUCCCGAGCCGACCUCGUGGUCUCUUGUGAGGGAUGGCAUCUUCUUAAUAUUCACGUUGAUCUAUAUCGCGAAUAUUGUCAUUCGUGUUGUCGGCCUUGGCUGGAAACGAUUCAGGCGGAGUUCUUGGGACGUUUUCUCCUUGGUGUCCGUCUUCGGUGCCUUGGCGACUUCCGUCCUACAACUCGUCAAGCUGGAAAAUCAGACAUUCGUUCAGCUUCACAAGUACUUCCUCGUCAGCAUUGUCCUCCUUCUCAUUCCUAGAAAUGACGCCCUCGAUCAGCUCUUCAAGACAGCGGCAGCGAGUCUUACAACAAUCGUCAACUUACUUGCCACUUGGCUAGUGUUCUUCCUCGUGUUUGCGAUAGCGUUGACACAAACAUUCAGCUUAACUCGGUUUGGAGAAAGCGAAGCAGUCAACGUCAACUUUAGAACGGUACCUAAUGCCCUCAUUCUCCUCUUCCGCAUGAGUGUAGGUGAAGGUUGGAAUCAAAUCAUGGAAGAUUACGCGAAUAUCGAACCGCCGCUCUGCGUCGAUGAUGAUGACUUCUUUAACAGCGACUGCGGUAGUACUAAUUGGGCUAGAUGCCUGUUUAUCGCGUGGAACCUCAUCAGCAUGUAUAUCUUCGUCAAUCUUUUCAUCUCGCUCAUCUACGAAAGUUUCAGUUAUGUGUACCAACGCUCGAGUGGAAUGGCACACAUCGACCGAGACGAGAUACGGAGGUUCAAAGAAGCUUGGCGCAGCGUUGAUCCUGCUGGUUCUGGCUUCAUCAGCAAAGAAGCCUUUCCAAGGCUAUUAGGAGAGCUAUCCGGCAUCUUCGAAAUGCGAAUAUACAAUUCGGAGGACUCUGUCCGUCAAAUUCUGGACGACAUUCGAAACGACGAGGCACCCAUGAGGCAUUCAUCAAUCGCUACCGCAAGUAAUCUUGGUGGGGUGGACGUGCGGAGAUUAAACCAAAGGCUCGACCAGAUCGACGUCCGGAAAGUACAAGAGCGGCGCCGCCGAUUCAACAUCUUCUACGAGGAGGUGAUGGUUUCCGCAGACCCCGUUCAAGGGAUCUCUUUCACGACAGUGCUCAUGAUUAUGGCGCAUUACAAGAUCAUCAGCGACAGUAAGAGUUUAAGGCUUGAAGAAUUCUUGCGGCGCCGUGCGCGUCUUCAACGAGUUGAGGAAGAAGUUCGUCGAAGGGUUGUUGUUGGUUUCUUCGACACUGUUUAUUGGUCUCGGAAAUUCAAGAGGCAUAUAGAGAAGAAGCGAUCCGCACGGAUGACAGCAAUUCCUCAACUUGACGUGCCCGACAUCUUCGUGGAUGAUGAGGAUGAUCGUAAACGGCCAGCGCAGCAGCGGACAACUAUGGCUGCACCGCCGGGUAGCACUACAUCAUCCGAUUUCCUUGCUGUGUCUGAUGCCGCACGACCUCAACACAGAAGCUGGGCUUCCGGCACGGACAUAUCGACGUAUGACGCGUCCCAGACGCACCCCCUAAGCCUACCGCGGGCAAGCCCGUCCAUGCCUGGACCUCGCUCACAUGCUUCGGCCUUCAGCUUCGAGCUGCAAGACUCCCGGCCAAAUUCGGGCGAGAAUAGCAGGCGCGGCAGUUCGGUAAGCCCUGCCCAGGUCAGAGAAUUGCUCGACGAUUCUGUCUGGGUUGAAAGCAUUCGGCGAAGCGCAACAAUACGACAAUCAAAAUCGGCCGGCCGAUCUGACUGGAGUGGAGCUCGGUAAGGCCACGGAUGGUUGUUACAACGACUACAUUCAGCCCCGUCAUGAAAUAAUACAGAUCAAGGAGGGGCUUGAUGACAAUUAUGGUACCCCAGU